UCGCUUUGCGGCAGUGUGGCGGAUAUGGCUUCUCAUUUCAGUGGAGUGCUGCAGCUGACUGAUCUGGAUGAUUUUAUAGGACCCUCGCAGGACUGUAUCAAGCCGAUUAAGGUAGAGAAGAAGGCUGGGAGGUCUGCUGCUAAGAUCCAGAUUGAAGAUGAUGGAAGCUAUUAUCAGAUUCAUCAGGACGGUGCCUCCCAAAAGCUGGAAAAAGCAAAGAUUACUCUCAAUGACUGCCUGGCGUGCAGCGGCUGCGUGACAUCAGCAGAAACGAUUUUAAUCUCCCAGCAGAGCCACGAGGAGCUCUACAAGAUCCUGAAACUGAACAAACAGGAAGAAGAUUCAUCUCAGCAUAAGCUGGUUGUAGUGUCUUUGUCCCCGCAGUCUCGAGCAUCUCUGGCGGCAAAAUUUAACCUGAGCAUCACAGACACAGCCAAAAAACUAACUUCUUUCUUCAAGCAGAUAGGAGUGCACCAUGUGUUUGACACCACUUUUGCGAGGAACUUCAGCCUUCUGGAGAGCCAGCAAGAAUUUAUUAAACGCUUCAAAAAACUAAAGGAGGAGAAAACUCUCCCCAUGCUGGCCUCCGCCUGCCCAGGAUGGAUCUGUUAUGCUGAGAAGACCCAUGGAAGCUUUAUAAUACCGUACAUCAGCAGCGUCAAGUCCCCACAGCAAGUGAUGGGAUCUCUCGUUAAAAAACACUUUGCACAAGAAAUGAAUUUAAAACCGAACCAGAUCUACCAUGUGACAGUGAUGCCUUGUUACGACAAGAAGCUGGAGGCUUCAAGACCAGAUUUUUAUGACUCGGAAUACGAGACACGGGAUGUUGAUUGCGUCAUCACAACUGGGGAAGUGUUGCGGAUGCUGGAACAAGAGGGAUUGUCUUUAUCAGAUGUGCUUCCAUCUCCUCUCGAUACAUUGUUCAGCAGUGUGACAGAAGACGAACCUCUAGGACACCAAGGUGGAGGAUCAGGUGGAUACUUGGAGCAUAUUUUUAAGCAUGCUGCACAAGAGCUUUUUGGCAUCCAAGUGGAUCAUAUCAUGUACAAGCCUUUAAAGAAUAAAGAUUUCCAAGAAGUGACGUUGGAGAAGGACGGCCAAGUGGUUUUACAGUUCGCAUUAGCUUAUGGCUUCCGAAACAUUCAGAACCUUGUCCAGAAGCUGAAAAGAGGACGGUGUACCUAUCACUAUGUGGAGGUUAUGGCUUGUCCCUCAGGUUGUUUGAAUGGUGGUGGUCAGAUCAAAGCAGAAGGAGAAGCCAGUAAGGACUUGCUGCAGAGAGUGGAGCAGUUGUACGAGUCUUUAAGAACUGAACAUCCAGAGAAUAGCAGUGAAGUACAGCAACUUUAUGAACAAUGGCUGGGGGGCAGCGAGUCUACCAGGGCAGAGCAGGCUCUCCACACUCAGUACCAUGCUGUUGAGAAGAUAAACACAGGGCUGAACUUAAAGUGGUGAAUGAGAGACAGUGAAAGGUGUCCAGGUGACCAGCAUAUGGGUUUAGAAUAUCUGUGACCUACCGGAUAGAAACGAAACCAAUCUCAAGCAAAUAAGGAUGCUUGUAUCUCUAAUGCACUAUUUCAUAUCAUAAUAUUUAUACGUUGGUCACUUUUUUUUCUGUCCCUUGAAUCUGUAAGGUUUCUGAUUGGAGAACACCGAAGUGGGAUUUUCAGUUACUAUUUUGGAAUCCGUAAUAAGGUGUGAUCUAUUUUAAAAUGAUUCAGCAACACCAUAAGUCAUCUGUGUA